AUGACAGUGGCCGUCUCGCAUUGGACGAGGAGCCCUGGCGCGAGUGUCAGUCUCAGCUCGCACCCGACAGACUACAGCGACAUGGCCUAUUCGGAGGUCCAGUUUUCACUCGACUCGAUGGACGAGGACAAAGGCGGCAGCGGGGGGCAGUCUCACUUGCCAUGGGGGGAAGCAACAGAGAGGAUGGGCGGAGGAGGGCCGGGCUUGGGUGCAGCCCACAACGACGCGCUCCUCUUCGAGGAAUUUGUUAACCUCGAGAGGCUUUCGACCGCCGGGGGUGACGAAAUCCCUCCGUCUUCCCUACCCGAGUCGUUCUUAUUCAAUAUCCCACUCCCACCCCAUGGUUCCGUGUCCACGACAAGCGCAUCGGACGAUCUGGGCGACCUACUAAGUUGCCACUCGCAGCCGCUCGUGGAAGCUAGGACUAGCGCGGCAGCAGGUCCCGCUGCCACAGUAGUGCCAUCAUCAGCAGCCGCUAGAGUAGCGGCGGUGACCGCAGACACCGUGGUACCGUCUGCUGUGGGCGUCCCCGGGCCCCAGUCUUCGUGGUCGAUCGACCACAGGGAAGGACAAAGGAAGGCUUCGACCUAUCCGGACACAGCUCACACUGGCGCGUCCGAGUCGAUCUCUGACUCUGAGCUUCUCCGCCUGGAAGGCAUAUCGUUGAAAGCGUCGCCAUCUCGCGCUCCAUCUGUCGUCGUUUCCCAUCCUCCUACUCCUCUUCCUCAAGCUUCGUCCGCUACCAGCAACAGCACCAAGCUCCAAGUCGCCGGCAGCAGUACCAGCAGCAGCACCAGCAGCAGCACUACCACUACCACCAACACCUACACCAACAACGGUGGCCGUAAGCCGAGCAACUUCUUCAAAGUCGUCGCAUCCAAACUGCAGCAGAAAGCUGCCUCCGUACGCCAUAAACAGCCCGACAUGUCUUCCGUUACCCUCGAUAGCAGGGGUCCCCUUUCGCCCAACGUCUCGCCUCGCAAGGCCUUCAAGCUCCGCCCCGAGCAGCUCGGCCUUGGCGGCCCCCCGUCCGCAAGACUGCCUCUCUCUCCUCCCAACAGUGCCACCAUCCCCCAGGACCUGCCUUCCACAUCAUCGACUGGACCCAACGGCCUGCCCUUUUGCGGUGGUUACGUUGAAGAUCCUUUCUUCGACGCUGGCGUUGCUGGAGGUCACGUACCAAUGUUCCGCCGCAGCGACCCUACCACACCCAUGGACACUCCCGUUCUUGACGACAAGAGCGGCAUGUUUUAUCACCACCAGCAGAUGAGCUCUGGCAACGUUGCCAACUCGAGCAAGGCCACUUGGCCCAUGGUCACGACAACUCCCCAGACUGACUCCCACGUCGCCUGGUCCAAUGCCUAUGCCAGCGACGGUCUCGACAACCAGUGGUGGGAUGGGGGCCAUAUGGACUUGUCAUCUAACCCACAGUUCCAAGCACAGAACGCUCGCAAUGCCACGUUCAACCUCGCCAUGCAGACACAACACAAUGAUCUGGCAUACGAGUAUAACAACAUGGCCGCCGGUCACGAGAUGUCCGGGCUCAUGAUCCACAUGCCUCAACCGCGGGCCACGUCGUCACCCGUCAUACACUACCAGCCUCAACAGCAACAUCAACAACAACAGCAGCAGCAGCAACAACAGCUCCACCACCCGCAACACCCUCAACAGAUGACUGAACGCCGACCUCGCAUGCCCCGUGCCCCCUCAGCCGGCGCCCGGCAUCUGUGCCUGUCGACGCCGAUGCGCAAGACCCGCAACACGAGCCGCACACGCCAACCCAGCCGCGACUCCUCGACGUCACCCACACCCACAAACCGGUCUCGCCACAGCAGUGGCAGCUCUUUCUCCAGUAUAGGAGGCGGCGCAGCUCUGAGUGCGAACGUCAAGAAGCGUCGGUCGUGGUCUAGGCGUGAGAGCAUGCGUACGCCUUCCAUCGGAGGCGGCCUCGGCGGUGCGCCUGAGGGCGUCGGUUUCGUCAACUUCACCCCUAGCGACAAGAACAUACUCAUGACGGGCGUCGCUCCAAGCGGGAGCUCCAAAACCAAGGCCCGCCGCGAAAAGGAGGCGAUGGAGAAGCGCCGGAGGCUAAGCGAAGCAGCCAUCAAGGCCGUCAAGGCCGCCGGUGGAGACGUGGACAAGCUGGUCGAGGAAGGUUUCGUCUUCUGA